UAACGUCACAGGCACGUCUGAAGAAAAAAAAUCAAUUUCAACGUGAAGGCCACACACUAUCACAUAGAUGCUGUACAUAUUUUAUUAAUCUCUAAGAGAUUGAUCAAUUAACAAACCAAACAACACCUCAAACAAGUCAAUUAAGAAUUAGCGGACAUGGAUGCGAGCAGCCAGGCUAUGAAGAUAUUCUACACUUCUUUGGGGAAACUGUACACGUCUCACAGCCAGAAAGGAGGACUCCGCCUGCACCGUAGCCUCAUGCUCAUCCGACUGAUCAAAUGCUCCAGUGACAUCUACAACUCGACCACAGACCGUGUGCUAAGAGCGCAACAGGACGCCGAGAAUCCCGCAGAGAUGUGCACAGCUGCGGAGAUGGAGGAGGGGGGAGAGGAGGACGCGGAGAAGGUUGAGGACAGUCUGACAGACUAGGGACAGUCAACUUUGUCACAAUGCGUGAAAAAAAAAACUGUAAUGCAAACUGCUACCAUACCAAAUGUGCGCAAAGUAAUUAGGAGCAUCAGAUGCAUCCAUAUUGCGUGUGCAUAAAACUUGUACUGUAUAUAACUUUGCAGAGAACGUCUACUUUGGCGUUAUCGCUACAGUGAUAGUGAAUACUUGAUUUAUUUUAAGGUCUAAGAGACUAAUAAAAAUACCCAGAAGUCCGGUGUUUCAAUUAUUAUUGUGUC